AUGUCCAAGAACACUUUGACUACCUCCAACGGUAACCCCGUUGAGAACAACCAAACCUCUCAAACUGCUGGUCAAUGGGGCCCUGUCCUCAUUCAAGAUUUCCACUUGAUCGAUAAGCUUGCUCAUUUUGACAGAGAACGUAUUCCUGAACGUGUUGUCCACGCCAAGGGUGCUGGUGCUCAUGGUGUCUUUGAGGUCACUCAUGAUGUUACUCACCUCUCCAAGGCCAAGUUCUUGAGCCACAUUGGUAAGAAGACGCCUGUCUUUACUCGUUUCUCCACUGUUGGUGGUGAGAAGGGUAGUGCUGAUACUGCUCGUGAUCCUCGUGGUUUCGCUGUCAAGUUCUACACUGAAGAAGGUAAUUGGGAUAUGGUUGGUAACAACACUCCAGUCUUCUUCAUUCGUGAUCCCGCAAAGUUCCCUGACUUCAUCCAUACCCAAAAGAGAAACCCUCAGACCAACUGUGGUGAUCCCGAUGCCUUCUGGGAUUUCUUGUCUCUCGUACCUGAAUCCAUUCAUCAAGUCUCCAUUCUCUUCUCUAACCGUGGUACUCCUGAUGGCUACCGUCACCUCAACGGCUACUCUUCUCACACUCUCAAGUUGGUUGCUGAAGAUGGUAGCUUCAAGUAUGUCAAGUGGCACUUCAAGACCGAUCAAGGUAUCAGAAACUUGAAGGCUGAUCAAGCUGGUCAACUCGCUGGUUCCGACCCUGAUUAUGCUACUCGUGAUCUCUUCAACGCUAUUGAACACGGUGAGUAUCCUUCUUGGUCCGUCUACGUUCAAGUCAUGGAUCCUGAGGAUGCCAAGAAGUAUCGUUUCAACCCCUUCGAUGUCACUAAGGUCUGGUCUCACAAGGAUUACCCUCUUCAACCUGUUGGUAAGAUGACAUUGAACCGCAACCCUGAGAACUACUUUGCCGAGACUGAGCAAGCUGCCUUCUCUCCUUCUCACACUGUUCCCGGUAUUGAUGUCUCUCCCGACCGCAUGUUGCAAGGUCGUCUCUUCUCUUACCCUGAUACCCACCGUCAUCGUCUUGGUGCCAACUAUGCUCAGAUUCCUAUCAACCAACCUCACUCUCGUGUUGCUAACCAUCAACGUGAUGGCGCUAUGGCCGUCUUGGGUAACGGUGGUUCUACCCCCAACUAUGAACCCAACUCUUUCGGUGGUCCCUAUCAAACCAACGUUGCUGCUACCACUUUUACUGCUGAGGAGAUCAGCGGUGCUACUGGUCGCUUCACUUAUGGUUUGAGUGAUGAUGAUUUCGUUCAAGCUGGUGAUUUGUAUCGCCUCAUGCCCGCUGAAGAGAAGACUGACUUGGUUAACAACAUUGCUGGUCACUUGAAGAACGCCAAGAAGCACAUUCGCGAACGUCAAAUUGCUCACUUCAAGCGUGCUGAUGCUGAAUAUGGCUCCCGUAUCGAGGAGACCAUCUUGGCUCUUAGCUCCAAGGCUUAA